GCGAGUGAACACUUGACGAUCGCGAGAUCGCGGGCAGUUCUUGCACAGCUCGCUGGACCAGUCGGCAGUCAGUAAGUCAGUGGUCUCGAGAUCUUUCUCCUCGCGUCUUCCUUGGUUCUUCAGUGGGACGGUUCAUGUGAAUAAAUACAGUUUUCUAGGUCAAGACUAACUAUUCGACUGUUAAGUUUUUGUUAUUUUUAAUUGAUAUUGUUUUAAAAUUAUUGAGGAUUUAUGGUGAGUGCGCGGAAUUUGUGAUUUGGACAUUGUUUUGCUGAGUUUUUAUUUUGGAACCAGUUUAGUAUUUUUGGGCCCUCAUAAUUAUAGAUAGAUACAACUGGAACACUAUAGUAUCGUGUAAAAGAAGUAGUUUUAAAGUCAAAAGCUCACAAUCAAUUAGUGGAACAUUAAUUCUGGUUUCAAACAUGUGAAUAAAAAUGGGGACCAUCGACAGCGGAACAGAGACAUUAUUUUCCGACGAGUCCUCUUGUGAACUAGUGCGAUCCCCCAGUAUAUGCUCUGGAGAUGAAACCGAGGUUCAAAUGGAGGAUACCCGAUCCAUCAACAGCAGGUUGGGGCCUCCUAAUAUACAACCCUACAGCGGUGUCCUAGAAAAGGGAAAGGUGGUAAUCCGACCCAUCGCCUUCAAACCAUCAACUAUGACGAUGACCGGUUCGUCAAGGUUUGGUAUGGCAGGAGAACGAUACGGAUCCACACCGAUACUCACCAGGCCUGGUUCCAGGCUUACGCUUUACGGAAGUAGCAGCGAUUUACGACCACCAAAUAACGUAAACAACUACUCUCUAGAUAGAAAGUUACGGUCUUCGUGUCCGUCUUCGACUUGUUCUCCACCCUUAGCGAUGAGUUCGCUCUCUUCAUUACCCCACAGUCACAAACUCGUUAAUUAUGAUAGUUUAGAAAGUGUAAGAAAAUCGCCGAUGUCUAAUGCUGAUAGUUCUGGACCAAACAAACUUUCCUAUCGCGUAAUAUCAGCGUCAAACCAUAGUAGUAUGUUGGAUCUCACCCCAUCACCUUCUGAUUCAGGAAUUUCGGAACUGGAAGCCGCCCUUAGGGAUCGAGAUUCCGAACUGGCGUAUUUACGACAAACAAUGGAACACAACGAACAAGUCAUUUUCAGAGUAUACCAGGAGAAGGAGAAAGUCUGGGAAAGAGAACUGAAAAGACUGAAAACUGCCCAAGAAAAUAGACUCAGGACCAGCUCCCAAAAAGUACUUAAAUUAGAACAAAUGUUAAUGAUGCAAACGUAUCAAAUGCAACAAGAGAAAAAGAGAUUGUGUUCUGAUAUUCAGAGAUCUAAUAUGCAAUGUGAAAGGUUGCGUCAAGAAGUCACUGUUUUAAAAGGAAGAUUAGAAGAAACUGAAUGGGGAUUGUGCCAGAAAACUGGCGAAAUUUCUCUAUUAAAAAGUCAACUCAAAGAUCUUCAGAUUGAUCAAACUAAUAAAAACCAGGAGUUAAUCCUAUUCCGAACAGACCAACGUGAUCUUCGACAUCAACUGGAACAAAAAAACCAAGAACUAGAAAAUUUACAUUCAAUAACAAAUUCCAAAGAUGAAGAAAUUGAGGAGCUCAAAAGGCAAAUAGUACAACUAAAAGCCUUACCAUCACCAAUUUACGAAAAAACCAUGACAAUUCAUCCAAAUUAUGAAGAAACAGAAAAAUUAAAGGCAGAAAUUAAAGAACUGAGAGAAGAACUCUCAGAUAUGAGCUUAAAAGAUUAUUCCCAUGUGGAACCUGGAAGAAAUAAAGCACAUUAUAUCAAUGAGGAUGGUAGUAACGACCAUAUUGAAAUCAAGAAAAUAGAUAUUGAUGCAGAAGAAGAAAGCGUCAAUGAAAUAGAAACUCUUAAAAAGGAAAUAUCGGCUAAAUCCAAACAAUUUGAAAAUGAAAGAAGAAUCUGGGUACAAGAAAAAGAAAAGGUCCUCAGAUACCAGCGACAGCUACAAAUGAACUACGUCCAAAUGUUUAGAAGAACCAGAGCGCUGGAAGCUGAAAUUGAAAAUUUAACUGUAGAACUGGAGAUGGACAAAAGCGGGCUGAAGAAGAAGUUAGAACUAUCACAGACUAUUGACUUAUGAUGAAAUUGCUAAGGAAGUUACUUACUUUUUCUCGUGUAGAUGUGACGCUACAUUCUGAGUUAAAAGUCACGUAGCUUUCAACGUUUUUGAUUUAUAAGAAAAUUAGCAACUACUUUGAUAGACCAGGGCGGAUCUGUGAAAAAUCGUCAAUUUUUGGAUGUGCGGGGUGGCAUUCGGAUUUUUACAGAUAAAGUUAGGUGACAACUUCAAUAAUAAAAUUGACUUAUGCUCCUUCUCAAAUAUGCCCGGAACAUUAAUAAAAAAAUUAAAAUAUUUAAAAAUUUCGAAAAACAUAAAUUUUGUUCUAUUUUCUUUGCUUAUAACUUUAAAACGAUUCAUUUUGGAACAAAGUCGUAGCCAAAUAAAAUAAAGAUAAUUGAAUUUUGUAUGAUUUACGACUGGUUAAAAAUGUCUUUAAUUAUUACCCUUUCUGCAAAAUAGCAAUAAAUACAAAAUAAGGGGACAAAAUAAGCCUGUUUAUAUUUAAUGUUUUUAACCACCAAGGCCGGCGAUAACUGGCCUGCAAGGGAUACACCGCAGGCAGGCGCCCCUGUUUAGGGGGCGCCAAAAUGAGCUUUUUUCUGCUGGUGCUAUACAAAAUACUAAUUUAAAAGAAACCGAAGGCCGCCUAUGCUAGUUUUGCAGGCGGGCGCUUUAUAGCCUAGCGCCGGUACUGUUAACCACUUUGCUUGCACUUAGAACCUUCGUAAUUUGCUUACAAAAUUCAUAUAACAUACUUAAAUCGUCAACCAAAUUUCAUUAAAAUCGACCUGAUAGAUAGAUUUUGCAUAAUAAUUUUGUAAUCUAAAUUUUUUUUUAAAAGUUCAAAUUUUUUAAAAACUUUCUGAACAAAAAGUAGACCAUUUAGAAGUUGGCUAAUUUUUCUACAUAUAAAGAAGCGCUCUACCUAUCUAAUACAGUUUACAGAAUUAAAAUCGGAUUAUUUAAGCGGCCUCAGCACCGUUUUAAAGUUAUAAAAGAAUAAAUUCAUUUUCUCGAGAAUGGGAGAUAAAUCCCAAAACAGAUGGAUUUUUAUUUUUAAAUUCUAAUUUUUGGAUAUAUAUCAUACUAGUGACGUCAUCCGUCUUUGUGUGAUGACGUAAUCGAUGAUUUUUUUAAAUGAAAAUAGGGGCCGUGUGAUAGCUCAUUCGAAAGGAUAUUCAAUUUUGUAUUUAAUAAUAUAAACAUUAGCAUAAUUCAAAGUAAGUUAUCAAUCGAAGUAGCGCAGAAAACGACAAUAAAUAUCGUCUCCAUACCACCAGAUUGACAACAUGUGGACUACUUUCUUUGGUUACACCUCCUGAGAUUUUCAAAAUUUAUAAAUCAAAAAGGAUCCCGAGGAAAUUAAGAUGAGAGAAUUUUAAAUAAUUCACAACUCAUCUGCUCAGCGUGGUAAGUUCCUACAAGAAAGAUUCCAACACUCCUACAAAAGAGUAAAUGAAUUAAAAAUGUAUAAACAUUUUCAAUUUGUUAAAAUGGUUAAAUCUUGGAGUGCAGGAAGAGUCUAUACCGGUUUCGGAGGUCUUUUCCCCCUCAUCAGUAGUCCCAUAUCCUCUUCUCUCCGACUUAUCCACGUAUCAUACUUUGGGCCUUUCCGAAUUACAAAGAAAGAAAUGUCACGGAUGAACUAGAGCCAUCUACCGAAAAACAAAGUAAGUUAUCAAUCCAAGUAGGACAGAAAAUCGAUUUAACCAGAGUAUUAUGCAGCUGCUGCAUUUUCGUGUUGCAAAGAAAUUGAACAUGUUUAUACAUUAUUAGCAUAAUUAUUUAUACUGGGUGCCCAAAUAAAAAAAAAUUGAAUUAAAUUAAUUUAGACAAAAAGAAGAACGUACUUAUUUACGUAAUUUAUUGAAUGCAAAAUAUAUUUUACUGCAAUCAUAAAACAGAGAAAAUAUUAAUUUGAAAAAUAAACAUUGCUUUUCGCUUAAAUUAAAUGUUCAACCUGCUAAGAGACUGGUGGGUGGCAACUUUAAUAUUGAAUUUAAGCGAAAAACAGAAGUUAUUUUUCAAAUAAACAUUUUUUCCUGUUUUAGGACAACAGUCAAAUGUAUUUCGGAUUAAAUAAAUUAUAUACAUUCUUCUUUUUGUCUCAAUUAAUUUAAUUAAAAAAAAAUUGGGCACCCUGUAUAAAUAAUCAUGUUAAUGUUUAUAUUAGUGAAUAGAGAAUUGAAUAACCUUUUGAAUGAGCUAUCACACGACCCCUAUUCUCAUUUAAAAAAAAUCGUCGAUUACGUCAUCACACUCAGAUGGCUGACGUGACGUCACUAGUAUGAUAUAUAGGCCAAAUAUAGGCCUAUGCCAAAAAUUAUAAUUUAAAAAUAAAACCGAUCUGUUUCGAGAUUUAUCUCCAGAGUCGCCCGUUCUCGAGAAUAGUAUAUUACUUUAUGAGGCGGAGAAGCAUGACUUUUCUUGACGCGCCCGAUAUUACGCGCCGAACGAAGUAAGGCGCGUAAUAGAGGUCAAGAAGUCAAGAAAAGUGCUUCUUUGCCGAAUAAAGUAUACUAUUUUUUCUUCAAACGUAGCAAUUUUCAACCAUAAAUAGUACAAUUCAUACGCUAUUUUUACUCGAAAUUAACUGUGACGACUAUCAAAGUCGUCUAGAUGUUAGAAAUUAAAAUAAUUAAGUCGUCGGUGGGAUAAACCCUCAUGAUUCGCCAACAUCGGGAAUGAUUGCUGAAAGUUGUGUUCGACCAUCAGUAUCAUCAACAAUUACCAAUGCGUAUCAAGAGUCGGGAACAUUUUUGCACGGUUUCAAUUUUGAAAAUGCCUCAUUAACUAAUUGUACUUUUAAUAUUACUAUAAAUAAAAAUGAUGUUUAAUUGUUGUUAAUGACAUUUGUAUUGUUGCUUUGUGACAUGUUUCAUAUUGUUGCCAUGACAACAUUUUUCCCUCCGCCGUAAAGAAAUGGGAAAAAAACUGCUGCCGGCGGAGACAUCAAACUUUGACAGGAUCAAGUUAGAUAAGUAAUGUCAUCAUUAUUUGACGUUUGAAGAAAAAAUGAAUUUAUUCCAACUUAAACGUCCUCAUUGUAUUUGUUUAUAAGCCAAAAAAUUGGAUAUAACUUUAAAACAGUGCUGAGGCCGCUUAAAUAAUCGGAUUUUAAUUUUGUAAAGUGUAUUAGAUAGGUAGAGCGCCUAUUUAUAAGUAAAGCAAACUUCUAAAUGGUCUACUUUUUAUUCAGAAAGUUUUUAAAAAAUUUGAACUAUUUUUAAAAAAAUUCAGAUUGCAAAAUUAUUAUGCAAAAUCUAUUAGAUCGAUUUUAAUGGUAUUUAGUAGAAGGCUUAAGUAUGCUGUAAGAAUUUUCUAAAAUAAAAACGAAGGUUAUAAGUGCAACCAAAAUGGUUGAAAAACAUUGAAUAAAAACAGGCUUUUCUACCCCCUUAUUUUGAAUUUAUUGCUAUUUUGCAGAAAGGGUAAUAAUUUAAGAUAUUUUAAACCAGUCGUGUAUCAUACAACAUUCAAUUAUCUUUACUUUAUUUCCCUACGACUUUGUUCCAAAAUGAAUCUUUUUAAAGUUAUAGGCAAUGAAAGUAGAAAAAAAUCGACGUUUUUCGAAAUGUUUAAAUAUUUUAAUUUUUUAUUAAUGUUCCGGGCAUAUUGAGAAGGAGCAUAAGUCAAUUAUAAUUAUUGAAGUUGUCACCUAACUUUAUCUGAAAAAUCCGAAUGCCGCCUCUCACAUCCACCUCAAAACAGAUCCGCCUUGGUCUAUUAGCUUUAUGAGAUGAAGACCAGUUUUAUACAAAAAUGUAAACGUAUAUUGUUUUAAAUGUACUGUUUUACCUAACAAGUCUUAAAUCGAUGAGAACUAGGUGAAACAGCUAUGCCUUGUUUUUCACUGCAGAUGUUAUAUAUUAGUACGUGAUCAUCUGCCUUAAAUAAUUUCUUCUCUGACAUAAGAAAGCCGUAUAUUCUUUUCUUCUUCCUGUGUCAUGCUCUAUUAUCAGGCAUUGGCUAUCAAGUGGGCUAGAGUCCUUUUCGUGAGCAUUUUUCAGUGCGUCACAGUUUUUCGAUUUCUUUCCAACGCAUUAAAUUGUAUGUGACAGAAAAAAAUGUGACAUUUAUAACAUUUAUUCUAGUUGUUCUGGUUGUCGAUAGAUGGCGCUAUAAUCGAAAAAAAUUAUUUACGAAUUAUAUAAUAUAUCUACGAAUAUAAUCUGUACAAUUUAUAAGACUAUACAAAUCAAAGAAAAUACCAUUUUAUAAAUGCAAUAAACACAAUUGAUUUGUUUUUAUGCCAAAUUGCAAAUAAAAUGUGACAAUUGUCAGAUUUAACUAAAAUGUCAUGUUAGAAUAAAUGUCAUAAAUGUGUGUUAUCACGGACUUACCUUUUUUCUAUCAUUUGUGACGCACUGAAAAAUGCUCAUGAAAAGGACUUUAUACCAAUUUUUUGAUAGAGAAGGAAUGCACAGGAUCUGUUAAACCAUUCACUCAGGUUUCUAAGCCAUGAAGGUCUUCUUCGACCUGGUCCACUUCUUCCGUCUAUCAUACCUUAUAUUAUUAAGUGAAUUUGCGUGAUGCUAACAUGACCAAAAUAUAAGUUGUCCCAAGUACUUUUUGAUGCUUUUCAAGGAUUCUUAGUGUUACUCUGGUAAGUCUUCAUACACCCUUGCGCUUCUUCCCAUAUAUUUACGGUUUACGUGUGGGAGUGACGUUUGGCAAUUUCCGCGAUUGUUGUAGUAGGCUAUUGAUUAUAUUCAAAAUAAGAGAGCUAAAAGGAACUACAACGUUAACGGGAUUUUAUUAUCUCAUAUGGUCAAUGGACCUCUAAAUUUGAAAAAAAACCGAAGAGUGCUACCAUUUAGAUGGGUGAAUUUUUUAGAAAGGGGUGAAUUAGUUUCUAGGCACAGGGUGAAUUAGGGUGAGUUCUAUGCACUUUUGGUACAAACAAGUCUACAGGAAAAUAGUUCCAGGUUACAUUUACUAUCAAAAUAUCACAUUUUAAAAUCAAAAAUAUUUUUUGUUACAAAAAUAUACUCGAAAGAAAAUCAAGAAAAAAACACGAAAGAAAGCAAUUUUGUUUUUUGUCCCAUAACUUUUUUCCACAGGGAUAUCGGUAUAGGCAUUGCUUCAGCGAAAAAUAACAUUCAUCCUUCCUCUUUGAAAUGACUUUUAGUAAAAGUCUCUAGCAUUGGCAGUUUUUGAAAUAUGAUUUUUCAAAGUUCGCCGCUUACAACAUUUUUGGGCCACUUUCCCCAUUAUUUCGCAAACAUUGUUCCGUAACUUUUUCUACGCAUUUCUAGGUAUUUAUAUUUAGUACAAAGAGAAGUCAAUUACCUUUACAAUGGUCUAUUGUGUAAGGUUGUACGACUAUUUUUAAGCAAGUUAUGGUUUUUCAAGAUUUUAUACUUUUAAUGAUUUUUGAUAUUGUUUAUGAUUAUUUUUUAAAAUUUUCAUUUUAACUUUUUUUCUUGUACAUUUAGGUAUUACACAUUGUAAAACAAAAAAAAGCAUAUUUUCUUUACUUUAAAAUGGUGUAUUGCAAAAAAAAUUAAGGACUAUUUUGAGACAAUAUAUCCGUAGAAUAUCCAAGAGUAUCCGUAAUUUGAGACAAAUUUUAAAAAAUUUUAUUUCUUCAAUUAGAAAAGUAUGAUUGCAUAUUGUAACAUAAUUUUUAAUUCCAAAUAACUUUUAUUAAUAACACUUUUCGAUAUUGUGAAAUACAAAGGUACUUUACUCUUGAGCGAAAUUCAUUUUUUUAACAUACCUCGUACACUAUUGAUAAAAUUUUAUACCUGGUGAUUGUAUCUUAGGUACUAGACCAGGGGUUCCCAAACUUUUUUGUACCACGCCCCCUUUUUUGAAAUGAAAGCUUCUCGCGCCCCCUCCCCCUUACAAUAAAUUGUAUGCGCCUAAAUAGGAACAAAACAAAUACAAAUAAGUAUUAGCUUGAAAACAAAACAUUUAUUUAUUCUGCCAUAAGAUACAACAGUAUCAGUUUCCAUAAAAUACAAAAAUUAAUAAUAAAAGAAAAAUAGAUUAUGUUGCUUAGUGAGAUGAAUGUGCUUGCAUUUUAUUUACUAGUAUUCCUAUUCGUGGCUGAGUUUUAGUAAGUGCACAGCACAAGUCACUGGCAACAUCAAGUUUAUUCCGAUACUUUGUUUUAAUUGCCACAAGUGUUGAAAAUCGCACAAAUAGUUACUUGAAAAAGGCAAAUGUAAAUGAAGAGCUUCCCGUGAUACACUUUGAAAUAUUUUAACCAAAAUGAAGGUUUGGCCAUUAUAACAAAGUAUUUGGCAGAGGAAUCGUGCAAAAAAUCAUUUGGAUUUAUUUGCAAAGCAUCUUCUUGAAGUGAUUCAUGCAGGGAGUCUAUGUUGACAUGGAAUGGAUCAGUUGACAUUCUGUAAAUAAAAUUGUCACAGGUGUUUGGGAAGUAUUUCUGGAACUCUUCAAUUAGGCUCUCCAAAUGGUUUGAUAUUUGGAUUUUCAAACUUGAUCCUUCAUAAAUGUCCUUUCUUCUGCGUGUUUCUUCUGAGAUUGGCUCUACUUUAGAGAAAUUUGAAUAAUUUCAGGGGUUUGCUGAUAUUUUACGCCUCCAAAGUGGAAAGCCUCCAUCACAAUGAGUAACUACUAUAUUUGAGUCUCCACCCUGCAGUUUUAGGUUGAGGAUGUUCAACGAGUCAAAGAUGUCUGACAAAUAAGCCAAUAUUACUUGGGUACAAUGUUUUUUAAAGGCCAUGUUUAGCUCAUUUUCCUUUUGGUAUUUCAAGGUGAUUACUUCAUCUCAAAGGUCAAAUAAUCUUACCAACAUGUUUCCUUUUGAGAGCCAUCGUACUUCUGUAUGAAGUAGCAGUGUUUUGUGAUCACUUUCUAAAUCUUCACAAAGCGUUUUAAACAGUCGAGUAUUCAACGAACUGUUUUUUUAUGUACUUCACUACUUUAAUACACAACUUUAAGACAGCCAUACGUUCAUUUGGAAGGGGUUUUGCUGCCAAGGCUUGUCGAUGUAUAAAACAGUGUAUCCCAAUCACAUCAGCAUUUUUCUCGAUUACUAAUUGCAAAUAGCCUGAGCGAAAACCUAGCAUUGAAGGUGCGCCAUCUGUACAUAAACUGAUCAGUUUUUGUCAAGAGAGUUCAUGUUUGUCAAAAAACUCUCACACUGCUUUCAUAACAUUUAAUAGCUUUUGUCGUGGUUUCCAGUCUCCAACUCUGUAGAAAAGAGUAGCUUGUCUUUCAUUCUUUCGUUUUGAAUAUACCGAACAUAAAUAAUUAACUGAUAACAUUGUGCUAUGUCAGUACUCUCGUCUAGCUGAAUAGCAAAAAAUGGCGAUUAUUUUAUUGCAUCAACUACCUGGUUUUGUACGUCUUCGGUCAUAUCAUUAAUGCGGCGUUUCAUGCACAGUGUUGUCAAAAAGAGGUAUUUGAGAUAACCUUUGCUUACUCUGCGCUACCAGACACAGUUUAACAAGCGGUUAGUAUUGAAUUUUAGAAAAAUAUAACUAAAUUUAAUUUAAUGUUCAACUUGUCUCGCGCCCCCCCUGAUAUGUUCUCACGCCCCCCAGGGGGGGCGCGCCCCCCAGUUUGGGAACCGCUGUACUAGACUAUGCAGAGCAUUUUAUAAAGAAUAACUUUUUUUCAUAAAGUUGAUAAUAAAAAAGUUUUCCAUAUGAUAAACCAUACAGGAGUAAAAACUUCUUUUGUAUAUUGGUAUAAAAAGUUUUAUUAAAAAACAUAAAAGUCCUCCAAAAGGAUUUGCAAAACGUUUUCAAUCUGAAUCAGAUCAUCCUCAGUGCGUUCUGCUUCGUAAAAGAAACUAGCAACUUUUUGAAAAAGGUUACAUCGAUAUUAAUGGUUUACAUAAUACUUAAAUGAUAUUUGUAGCGACUCCAAGUCGAUGUUACAAGAUGAAAUGUGCUAGGAGUGCUCAAAGGGCAACAUGGUUCCCUGCUCGUUAAGAACUUGUGGUUCUUGCCAGUUCAAUGGACACAGACCAACUUAUGUUGUUUAUGUUUUGUUAUGUUUUUUAAUAAAACUUUUUAUACCAAUAUACAAAAGAAGUUUUUACUUCUGUAUGGUUUUUUAACUAUGGUAUACAGCCAGCUACGGGGACUUUCCCAUUGAUUUUCCAUAUGGUUCCAACUUAGUGGGAUCUAUUGCAUGUGUAUAUGUCACAUUUUAAAAAAGCAUAUCUCGUUUAAAAAUAAUCCUAGAAUUUUUUACGAUGCACCAUUUUAAAAUAAAGAAAAUAAGCUUUCUUUUGUAUUUAGCAAUGUAUAUAUCUAAAUAUACAAUAAAAAUAGUUAUAUUGAGAAAUUUAAAAAUAAUCGUAAAAUAUAUCAAAAAUUAUUAAAAGUAUAAAACUUUGAAAAACCAUAUCUUCUUCCUAUUAAAUGUAACAUUGCAUUUACCUAAAGCUACGUAAAAAAAAGUUACAGAACAAUUUUUGCGAAGUAACAAGGAAAAUGUCCCAAAAUCGCUGUGAGUGGCGAACUUUGAAAAAUCAUAUUUUGGAAACUCUAAAUCAUAGGUACUUCUACGAAACGUCAUUUUAAAUAGAAAGGAUGGAACUUUUUUUUCUGUAAAGCAAUGCCUAUAGCUAUAUCUCCGUGGAAAAAAGUUAUGGGGCAAUAAACAAAAUUGCUAUCUUUCGUGUUUUUUCUUGCUUUUCUUUUGAAUGUAUAUUUGUAAAAAAUAUAUUUUUUACUUUUAAAUGUGAUCUGUGUGACCUGGAACAAUUUCCCUGUAGACGUGUUUGCACGAAAAGUGCAUAGUUAGAACUCACCUUAAUUCGCCCUGUGCCUAGGGACUAAUUCACCCCUUUCUCAAAAAAAGCACCCCUUUAAAUGGUAGUACUCAGCGGUUUUUUCAUAUUUAGAGGUCCAUUGACUAUAUGAAAUAAUAAAACCCCGUUAACGUUGUAGUUCCUUUCUAAAACACAUAAUCAAUAGCCUAUAGUUUUAUAAACAAAAAUAUCACCAGGUCCUACUAGGACCUACCAAAUAGAUCACCACAUAGGCCUGCCGCCUUCCUAGCUAGAUGGUCAGCAAUGCGGUUGCCUCUAUUCCCAUUGUGUCAUAACCCACCUCAGGAGGAUGUAAUUACCAUUCAAAGUAGCGCUUGGCUGCACUUGUUCAAGGU